AUCGUUUUCUGGCAAUGGAAGUUGAAACAUAACCUCGAUUGUCUAAAAUGGUCGGAAAAGAUUACAUUUUUCAUCUUUUCUUUGCGAUAUUUUAAAAAAUAUUAGCAAUUAUGGCUUCUAAACAACUUGUAUUGCGAUGCAAAACAAAAGAUGGACAGUACACAUUGGAUACAUUGACUGGUGAUAACACAGUUGAAGAUUUAAAAGGACAUUUGUUCAGUAUAACUGGUACUGAUCCAAUUGCUAUUAAAGUCCUGGCAGGUUUUCCUCCCAAACCUCUUGAUUUAUCAAAUGAUAAUAAAAAAUUAGAAGGUCUACCUCUAUAUUCUGGUGAAACAUUAAUUGUAGAAGAAAAUGCAAAACAAGUUUUGCAUCAAAAAGCCGACGUUGUUUCUCCUCUGUGUGUUGAACAGAUGAACAGUAGUGCUCCAGGAAUACUCAUGAGACGUACAGUACCAGCAAAUAAUUCGUGUUUAUUCACUAGUGUUUAUUUUUCGUUAUCUAAUGGAGAAUAUGAUAUUUCUGCUGGCUUUUCUCUAAGACAAAUAAUUGCAGAGACAGUAGCUGCUGAUCCUGAAACAUAUAAUGAAGCAUUUCUAGGAAAACCUAAUAAAGAAUAUUGUGCAUGGAUUCUUAAUGAAAAUCAUUGGGGUGGUGCAAUAGAACUUUCUAUUCUCAGUAAAUAUUACGGUGUAGAAAUUGUGGCAGUAGAUACACAAAACAUUCGUCUGAAUCGUUUUGGGGAGGAUUUGAAUUACGAUCAGCGUAUUUUAUUAAUUUAUGAUGGGAUACAUUAUGAUCCCUUAAUGCUGGAAACGUUAGGAUCCCCACAACAGAUUCAGACAUUAUUUCAAACUUCAGAUGAAACUAUUUUACAGAUGGCUCUAGAAAUUGCACGAGAAGCUAAAUCAAGUCGACAGUUUACUGACGUUCAUAAUUUUUCAUUGCGUUGUUUAGUAUGUAAUGUAGGACUAAAAGGACAGAUAGAAGCUCAGCAUCAUGCUAAAGAAACAGGACAUACUAAUUUUGGAGAAAUAUAACAUAGAUCUUGGUUGCUUGCUGUUCUCUUUACUAUAUGUAUUUUCUUAGCAUAAGGUUGCCAUUGAGAACAAAUCACAACAGGAACAAUUUAGCGGAAAAAGGUCGGUUUAUUGAAAAGAAAGGAUAUGCAUUUUGGGCUUAACCUGUCGUGCGUUGUUCCCAAAAAUAUUCGUGUUGACCUCAUUGACCUGUGUGAGCGAUCCCAAAUAUUUUCGUGUUUACAUCGGAAUGUUUUUGAUACUAGAUGUCGCUAUGCGUCACAAUUUUUAUAUUAAAACAAAC